UGUGUAUGUGUUGAUGCAGGCUUUUGAUCUGUGGACAUGAUGGAAGUGUACAAGUGUGUUUAUAAUUUAGUCUGCUUCAGAGGGAUGUGGCCUCAGUAGCUGGAGUAAGCGAGUAGGGACACUUGCUGCAGGAGACUCUGUGUUUUGAUGUGGUCAACGUGCCAUAGACUGUCAAAAUAAUUAAAGUCUGUAAGUACAGUUGGUCUUCAUCUGGACAAUUUGCGGCUAAUGAGAAGCGCUCCGACCACGUUACAGACACACUGGUCGGACUGUAACACGGGCAGCACUCGCAGCCAAUCAGCUUCUACUAUUCUACGAGUGGGCGGGGCGUGUGGGUCAUGAAUAUCCAACAAGCGCGCUUGCGGGACAGACAACAAGGGGCUUCUGUAGUGUUGUUUUGCAGCCUAAAAAGCGUUCAUAAGAGCCCUGGACGCAGCACGCCCUCUUGAAAGGAAGUGACAAUCUGCCUUCCGAGGUGUUGCUUUUGCUUCCCGGUGAAGGAGGCAGACGCCCGGCGAGCUUCAGGCCAUCGCGCCGGUCUGAUAAGAGUUAAACAGGAAACAUGUCUGACAAAGCCGCGGUCACAGUGUCUCUUCAGCCCAGCGAUAAGGUCGAUACGACGGAACCGCCGAAGACCUUUCCCUUUGUUUUGAAGAAGAUCAUGGACAUCCCACCUCCUAACAUCCUGGAAGAGGGCGACGACGGUAAGAGCAGAAUGCGAAAAGAAAUAGAGAAAGAGAAGCUUUGCUCCACUGAGAAUGUGGGGGGAGGCGGGGCUGGAGCAGCCAGUGCUGGUGCAGGUUCUAGAGAAGGAGGAGGAGGAGGCGGCGGUGGCAGCGUAUCAGCAUCCUUAACCCCAGCCAUUUGGGAGAAGACCAUUCCCUACGAUGGAGAGACCUUCCACCUGGAGUACAUGGACCUGGAUGAGUUCCUCCUGGAGAACGGGAUCCCUGCGACCCUGGAGGAGGAGGAGCUCCAGAAGACUCUAGCCUCGGUGGGAUUUAAAGGAAAAUUUGUCCCCAAGGUUACUGCAAGAGCCACGGCUGCUGGCACCCCUGACCCCACCUCCGCAUUAACGCCGUCCAUCUCCGCCACAUCUACGGUCACCUCUGAUCCAGAAGAAGAGGCGACCGUCACUAUGUUGCAACCAGCUAAGUUAGAGGAAGAAGAAUUAGAGGAAGAAGAAUUAGAGGAAGAAGAAGAGGAACAACAAGAAGAAGAAGAAGAAGAAGAGGAGGAGAUGGAGGAGGAAGAAGAAAAAGAAAAAACGGAAUCUUUGCCUCGGGUGGCAAAAACAGAAGUGCAAGAAAAGAAAACAGAUCGUAACACUCCCUCCCCCGUCGACCCAGAAGCCAUCGAGGUGGACAUUAACUUCCAGCCGGACCCCACAGAUCUGGUCCUGUCCAGCGUCCCGGGGGGAGAGCUGUUCAACCCUCGCAAGCACAAGUUCUCCGACGAGGAGCUGAAACCGCAGCCGAUGAUCAAGAAAGCCAAGAAAGUGUUUGUUCCCGACGAGCAGAAGGAUGACAAAUACUGGUCCAGGAGGAAGAAGAACAACGUGGCAGCAAAGCGCUCCCGCGACGCGCGGCGGCUGAAGGAGAACCAGAUCACGGUGCGCGCCUCCUUCCUGGAGCGGGAGAACGCGGCGCUGCGGCAGCAAGUGGCCGAGAUGCGGAAGGACUGCGGCCGCUGCAAGAACAUCCUGUCCCGAUACGAGGCGAAGUACGGGCCACUGUAAAGAGCUCGCCCCCACCCCCCAGCCCCCGCCUUCCCCACACCCAAAAGUAUCUAUGAUACGAAAAGCAGAACUCCCCUCCCCGCAGAAUUCAACGCAGACCCGCACCACCAAGGAAUUCCAAAUUUCCACCGUGGUCUUUACUGACCUCCAGUCUUGGUUUUCGAGCUCCAGCUGCCGUUUCUAAAGCGACGCAGGAGUUUUGCAUACACAUUGGCAGGCAGUAAGGCAUGAUGGGAGCGGUGGGAAGGCCUGUGGAGAGCGCCUGGCUCCUACACUUAAGAGAGGAAAGGGGACGAUUGUGGACUCUUUCCAUGUGGUCAAACACACACGGCGAGUCCAGUCGGUCCUGAGGCGCUCUCAGGAAGUAUGACAAGAGCCGAGUGGUACGAGAGAGUCACACAGAUCAGUUUUUAUCACUGCACUGCACUUCUUCUUCUUCGUGGACCAAAGCAUGAGUCAGUAUCAAGUCUCAGAAGGGUACACACUGUUCCGCCCCUCACAUUUACAUGUGUCGUGCUCACGUUUGUGUCUGUACUUUUAUUUUUCAAAGAACCCGUGGCAGGGUAGGAGGUAGGAUUGCACAGGGCCAAUUCACCUUCACAGCGCUACUUCCAGCUCACAGAGAAAGAGAGCUUCAGGUCGGAGGAGGAGGAGGAGGAGGGGUUCAGUCACAGGCGUUCUGUCUCGUAGCCCACGUGCACGCACGCGGAUAAAAACCGCUUGUACGUGUAAUCCAUUCUUGCGCUUUCUCUUCAAGAACACAAUGUGUGGGUUUGAAGAUUAUAGUGGUGGCAGGUAUCUUCUGUAUUCACCUCCAGACAAGAGUAGCUCUUUUGGGGGAAUAACACAUGCAUUACCUUCCAUUUAAAGCUAAUGUGAUCCAAUUUCCUUUCAUACUAACCUCAGAACAGCUUGCAGGGCCUCCACACAAUAUUUUAUAUUGAAAGAAGAAAGACUUAAGCUUUCACUUAGAAGGUGAUGUAUAUUUUACAAAUGAAGACAGAGUUGCAGGGUUUUUUUCUGCAGGUAACUGGAAGGCGGUCGUCAGGUGAUCUCCGUGGCCCUCACCGGUGGAGGGGUAUGUCGAUGCGUAGGGAUGUUUAUUUCACUGCUCACUGCAGAUAGAGGGCGCUAGAGCUACUGCCUGCCGUGAUGGCUGGAUUGAUUUAAAACAAAAAUAUUUAGACAGUCCCAAAGUUGACUGCGUCUAAACCUUGUAAAUACAUGUUUUUCUCAUGGUUUGUAUUUCCUUAGACAGGAAAUAUGGCCGCGUCCUUACCAACCCAAUACUAGUCUGAGUGCUGUAUUCAUUCUGAUGGUAAUAACGCAUCUGUUGAUAGUGAUGUUUAACAUGUUGGAUAAUUCCUUUUGAAGAACAAUUAUUUUAAUGAAACCAAUGCAGGGAUAUCAAAGGGAUAAUUGUGCUUUGUUUUAAAAACAGAUUAAUAUAGUUUUAUGGGACCCCCUCCGUCUCUAUACAUACAGCAUGUGUUUAAAAACACAAAGGACAGGACACACUCUUGUUUACCUCAUCCAGCACUUCCUAGUUUCAAUGGUGAAAUGUGUAGUCAGGCUACAAAAUGGUCGUACCUGAAGCAAAAAGCACAUUAAAAAGCAGCUUUGAUCCAUUCGGCAAAACCUGGACUGAGUCGAUUAAAUUGAGUCUGUCAUUUGUUGACUAAUCUAGACACAGACUGUCAUAUGGGACUCUGUAUCUCAGUGUCUUUGGCCGAUGCACAUUUAGUCAUCUGUCAGUUUGUGUUUAUAAUCGCGGUGAUUUUGUAAUGUGGCAAUAAUACUGUCAUGAAAUGCUUGUUUAAUUUCUAUGAUGUUGUUGUAUGUUGUAUGUUGAGUUGAUGUACUAAAUAUGAAAUGCCCCAAAAGUCAUGUGUGCUUCCAGUUCAGAUCCUCUAGUCUGGGAUCUUAAUGCAUGAAACCCGGUAAACUUGUCUUUUGUUUGUUUUUCUCUUGAAUAUUUUACACCAAGUGUACUUAUGUCUGCAAACUAUUACUGAAAACUAGAUAUGUUUUGGAAGGGUAUGUUGAUGGUCUCUUGUACAGCUGUCAAAAGCAAACGCAUAUCAUUAAAAUAAUGUUAGGUAUUUAUGACUCUUCAUAGCAUUAUAGAACCAGCCGUCCAGCGCUUGACCUUGGGCCCAACAUCUGCUAAAGACAGCAUCUUUUAAUCACUGUGUGGAUUGUUGUUUAACGAAGAUGAAUCUAUAUCCAGAUACACUGGAUCAGUUUGUGAUUCUGUUUCUUAGCAAUGUGUUUUAUUCUGCAUUGACAUUCAAACUUUGCUACAUUAUGCUGUUUAUACAUAAAUAUAGUUGAUUGCAAACAUUCAGUUU